GAUCUCUCUCUCUCUCUCUCUCUCAAACACACAAAUAGGUUGGAGGAAAACAGACAAGGAGGGAAAAGGCAAGCAAACGCAGAGAAAUCCAGUCUUUCUUCUUUCUCUAAUUUGAUUUCUGGACUGAGCAAAAAGAGGGGGAAGAGGAGCACACAUCCCUUCCACCCCCACCUCUCAAAAACACACACACACACACCAAGGAGAAAGCAGCACACAGGGCUAGGCCGCAAGUCAUUAGUUCUUGGUGGACAAGCACCGACAAAAGGCUGGAGGGAGAAGCCUGCAUGAGGGAAACCUCCACAGGAACUAUGGUGGGCUGAGAGGACGAGACAGCGGCUUUUUCAAGCUAUUCUUGUGUUUGUUUUAAACACAGAAGAAGAGAGAUUACUCCCGUGCAUUGUGUUUUUUUUUUUUCCCCCCAUGGGAGUGCAGGCAGUCCACAUCGCCUCUUCCCCCAUGGCCACACGAGAGUGAUGUUGUCGUUUUGCGGACAUCGACAUGUUUCCCUCGAUAUGGAAUUUCUUCAUUGUGGGGCAAAAUGCUGCUGCCGCCGCUGCUGAGAGGAUUACAGCAUGAUACUGGAGCUGGAGCUGUGUCUGCAGCCUCGCAAGAUCUAGAGCGAGAAAAGGAUUUAUUUAUCUCCCAGUGAGGGGCAGCCACAGACACAAGAGGUGCCUCGGCUGAAGCGUGACAGCGAUAGACUGGGCAGCUCGAGCAGGAUUGGCUUCAACCAUUUCUCAGGGACUUCCGGAAAAAAAAAAAAAGGAAAAAACAACGCACGAUUCGGAUAAAAUACGAAGAAAACGGUGGUACAGAAACCACCGGGAAUGCACAACUUAAAGUUGUCACACUGAGACUGUUUCCAGGUCAUAGUGGAGUAGGAGGAGACAUAAAUGUUUUUUGUUUUUUUUGUUGACACCCUCAUCCUCAAUGCUAAAGCCUAUUUUACUGUCAUUAAUAUCUGCUUGUUAAACCGGAGGACGUUUUUUUGUUUUGUUUUUGCUGUUCAACCAUUAAAUACUCUUCAUGAGUUAAUGAGAGUACAAACAAGCAGAAAAUAUUGAUUCUCUGGAGGUAAAGGGGAAACAAACAAGCUGGACUUUUGAUGUUUGUGUUACCUUGACAGCAACCAGAAAUCUUGGCUGCCUGUCCCAUUUUCUUCCUCGGUGGUUCGGUUACCAAGCGAUGGCCAUGGUGAGUGGGGGCUGGGGAGAUCCCAAUGGGGGCACGAACGGGUUGGGGGACAAGAGCUACCUUCGGGGCGAGGAGGAGGACGGUUCCCCUCAGGCGGGAGGGAGCGACAUGGAGGCCGGAGACGACGACAAGGCCUGCGUGGUGGACUGCGUGGUCUGCGGGGACAAGUCCAGCGGGAAACACUACGGCGUGUUCACCUGCGAGGGCUGCAAGAGCUUCUUCAAGAGGAGCGUCAGACGAAACCUCAGCUACACGUGCAGGUCAAACAGAGAGUGUCAGAUCGACCAGCACCACAGGAACCAGUGCCAGUACUGUCGACUAAAGAAGUGUUUCCGUGUUGGCAUGCGCAAAGAAGGUAUCUGUCUCGCCAUGGGGAUAGAUAACAUCUGUGAACUGGCUGCCCGGCUGCUUUUCAGCACUGUGGAGUGGGCCAGAAACAUCCCGUAUUUCCCCGAGCUUCCUGUUUCAGACCAGGUGGCCCUGCUGAGGCUGAGCUGGAGUGAGCUCUUCAUCCUCAACGCAGCCCAGUCGGCUUUGCCGCUCCACAUGGCUCCCCUGUUGGCGGCGGCCGGCUUUCACUCCUCGCCCAUGUCUGCAGAGCGAGUGGUUUCCUUUAUGGACCAGGUGAGGGUGUUCCAGGAUCAGGUGGACAAGCUUACCCGUCUGCAGGUGGACUCAGCUGAGUACAGCUGUCUCAAGGCCAUCGCACUGUUCUCACCGGACGCCUGCGGUCUAACAGACCCGGUCCACGUGGAGUCUCUGCAGGAGAAGGCUCAGGUGGCUCUGACAGAGUAUGAGAGGAUGCAAUACCCGAGUCAGCCUCAGCGCUUCGGACGCCUGCUCCUGCGCCUCCCUGCCCUGCGCGCCGUCCCCGCCAGCCUCAUCUCGCAGCUCUUCUUCAUGCGCCUGGUAGGAAAGACCCCCAUCGAGACGCUGAUCCGCGACAUGCAGCUCUCCGGAAGCUCCAUCAGCUGGCCGUAUGUCCCGGGACAGUAGCUCCCCACCCUGACGGACGAGGUCUCCGUUUGGGAUCAGUGACGAUAAGGACCCACAGGAAACCUCCUGACUCAUCGCCUUCCAUCUGUGUGGUUAUGAAACUGCAGAUCCAGCUGGCCGUCAUACGUACUGUACUGUAACCGCUCUAUUCCCUUUCAUGAAACGAGUCCUCCGUCUCCUGAGAAGAGAGGAGACAGUGCCAGGUUGGAUCUGUCUUGUUGCCAGCUAGCUCGUUCUGGUGCCAGAUCUCAGGCCAGAGACCAGAUCCUCAUGCUGGGUCCCGAUAUGGUCGCCACAGCCAGUCAUGUACCACCCACAUGCUACAGUGACAAAAGACGCCGCAGUUUUCAUGUAGAGGGCAGCAGCACCCUGCUACAAACACAUCUAGAGGACAAAACUGUCCCGCCACCGAAACUCUGGGCUCAUUUUUCAUGGCUCACCAUUUGUGAUACAGUGAUCUUUUUAUCCACACAACUGAAAACAGUCCAAGACGAUAUUGUGAAUAGAAAAGGAGCUAAAUGAACUGUUUGAAGUGUCGGGAGGCUGUGGGCAUACGGUGGAAUGAAAUAAAACAUAGUAAGAGAAAACUAUAAACUCACUGAGAAAGAACAAUUCAAGUGGAAGAGAAUGAGAAUAAAACAAAGAAAAAAAGUCACCAAAGUCUAUCAAAACAUCCUCAGAGAUGGUUUUUAAAAUAUGAAGUACACAAAGCAGAGAGAAGGACAUGAACCGACUCUCUUUGACUGCCUGACCAUCAAGUGAACAAUGCAUUUACAUUCAUCCCCAGGGCUCACUGUUGCUGUAUUGAGAGACGAUUGGAGAAAAGAAAAAAAAAAUGAAUUGACAUGAGAGCGGACUAUUACCUCACAAGACAUCAGAAUGCUUUAGUCUGAUAUUUCCUAAACACAAACCUCUGUAAAUGUUGUUCACCAGAAACCGCCUUCUUUUUGACAACUGCCUUGUUAUUCAGUAAGCAACAAUUCUGAGCAUUGCAAACAUUCGUAAUGUAUCUUUCAAAAAAUCACAAAUCCACUUGCAUUUGGACUAUUGGUUUUGAAUGGCUUAAUACGGUGAAUGCAACUAUUGUGUAUUGUUUGGAUGUUUAUUUCUUUAUUGGGUAUCGGCAGGCUGACAUCAACUCGGGUACUAGUACAACAAUUCAAGAUAUGAUUUAGCAACAAAUCAAGUUGGUGGUUGAGAGAGUUGAAACCAACACUACCAGUUAAAUACCAGUUUACGUUGAUCAAUGCUGUUUCUGGGGUAUUGAUCCCUCGAAUCAAGUAUUGAAAUGUGUAUAUAUAUUGAAGCCAACUUUGUCUUUUUGCAUGUUCAAAUGUUGUUUUCGAUCUCUGCUAAGUUGAGACAGUUUGAUUAUUUUCUAUUUCGUAAUUCGAGGUUCAUUUAAACAUUUUAAGUAUUGCUUUCACUGUUAACUUCUAAAUGUUUUUCUAUUUGUAUUUACAUGAAAAUACCUCUUACAUCUGUUCAGAUGUCAAAAAAGAAGAAGCUUACCUUCAUGCCAUUACAGCUGACGUGAUAAAGAGAUGUUCAUGCUCUCAUCUACAAACACCUGAGUGAGUCUCUGCUGCUGUGAGACGAUGCUGUAAUGGAUGAGAAAUCUGGUGGGGAAAAAACUGUUCAUGGAAUAUAUUCAAUGCCAAAACAUCACAAGAAAAAGCAGACAGGCCUUUAUUUGCUGGUCCACCAGGAUUUACCUCAAACUGGUAUUUCAAGAUGCAAGUUUACGUAAUGUUGAAGGAUAUAUUUGAGAGUAAAGAGCUUAAUUACACUCUGCAUUUAUGACUGAUGUAGCUCUGCUUCUUGAUCUACCACCAGGCCUUCUGAAAAUUGUUUGGAGUUCCUUCUUUACAUCCAAUCAUGUCAUCACAAAAUAAAAGAUAAAUAUACGAUACAUGUUUUCUUAUCUUUGUGUUACCCAGUUCUUAAAUUUCUAAAGUUUUCUGUGUAUGGCAAUGUUAUUAAAAGAAUAAAAAGAUAACCGUG